UAUAUGCAUAUCGACUCGUGGAAUUUAGAGAGAGAAACAAAGUGAUACCUUCAACUAAGGGUUUUGAUCACUUUGAGAAAGAAAGAGAGUGACACUUAUUCUUAAAUUAUUCCAAAGUUUUCAACAGUUUUUUACUUAGAUUCAAGAAAUGGCCAUGCAUCGUGAAACUUUGGCUUUUGUCUUUGGCCUUCUAGGCAACAUCAUUUCCUUUGCAGUGUUUCUUUCACCUGUGCCAACUUUUUACAUAAUCUUCAAGAAAAAAUCUGCUGAAGGAUUUCAGUCACUUCCUUAUGUUGUUGCACUUUUCAGUGCAAUGCUUUGGAUUUACUAUGCAUUUGUGAAAAGAGAAGCUGCUCUUCUUCUCAUCACCAUUAACACUUUUGGAAUUAUUGUUGAAUCAGCUUAUCUCAUAAUCUUCCUGAUUUAUGCCUCAAAGAAAUCUAGGCUUUCUACCAUAAAACUACUUCUCUUGCUGAAUGUGUUCGGAUUCGGAGCCAUGCUUCUAUCAACUCUUUACCUCGCCAAGGGAGCGAAACGUCUUUCUAUUAUCGGAUGGAUUUGUCUUGUUUUCAACAUAAGUGUUUUCGCUGCACCUCUCUUCGUCAUCAGCAAAGUUAUAAGAACGAGGAGUGUCGAAUACAUGCCAUUUUUCUUGUCCUUCUUCUUAACCAUCAAUGCUGUUAUGUGGUUCUUCUAUGGCCUUCUCCUCAAGGAUUACUAUGUUGCUCUACCAAAUACACUUGGGUUUGUGUUUGGCAUAAUUCAGAUGGUGAUAUAUUUGAUAUAUAGAAAUGCAACACCAGUGCUUCAGGCACCAUUGAAGGGUCAAGAACUGAGUGGUGGCCAUAUCAUUGAUGUUGUGAAGACUGGAUCUGAACACAAUCCUGCAGGUGGAGGAGGUGCGGUUAGCAAAUUCUGAUUAAAGGAUCCAUGACCAGAAAAAUAAUAAAAAAAUUGAAGAAAAAAAUACUUAACCUAAACUUUCAAUUUCAUAUAAUAUUGUAAAAUGCAAGAAGGGUGUUUAGUUUCUUGUAUAAGUGUUUAGUUUUUAUUAUUAUUAUUAUUAUUAUGAUUAUUAAUUAAUGUAAAGGUGUGGUUUUAAUUUGGUGUAAUUGGCAAUGGCUAUGAAAGCAAUUAUAUAACAAUAUAUUCCUAAGCUUUGGCCAUA